AUGGAGGCGGGCCGGCUCGUGGAGCCGGAGGACCCCCCGAAGCACCACACGCGGCGCGCGCGGUCCGUCGUCGGCGCCGUCCUCGUCGUCGCCGCCACCGGGUUCGCCGCGGCGACGCGCAUCUCCGGCACCAGCAGCCCGCUGGCGCUGCUGCGGUCGACGUCGAGCGCGCGCGCGUCCGACGACGACAUCUUCUCGACGGCGCGCGAGCGCGUCGGCGACGACGCGUCGUCGUCCAAGGGCCGCGUCGCCGGCGACGACGACGACGACGACGGCGGCGCCGCGACGGAGACGAGGGGCCGCCGGUCCGACGACGACGACGACGGCGGCGCCGCCGACGACGCCGCGGCGCCGCACUACUGCGCCGACGACGACUUCCUGCGGUCCGCGCCCGUGGACUGCAUCCCCCGCGCGGGCAACGUCGGCGCGUGCGAGUGGUGCAUGAUCAACUGCGGCGAGGACGACGACGCGGACGACUCCGGCAAGGUCGACAAGAUGAAGACGAAGACCUGCCACUGGUGCAAUAAGGAGUGCUACACGCCGUCGACCUACGCGCCGACGACCGGCGCGACUCUCAGCUUCCCGCCCACGGAGACGUUCCGGCCGACGACGGCGCCGCUGCCGGAGCCGACGCAGCGGCCGAGCCUCGUGCCCAUCCCCUUCCCCACGAACGUCCCCGCGCCGGCGCCGUCCGUGGACCCGACGUCCGCGCGGCCCACGGGCGCGCCGCCGACGUUCAAGCCGACGACGUCGAAGCCGAGCCCCCGUCCGUACCCGGCGCCCACCCACGACCCGACGUCGAUGCCGUCCGUCGAGUGCCCGGCCAUGGAGUACGUCUACCGCGUGACGCUCUACGACGACGACGGCUCGGGGUGGGGCGGCUGCAACUACGAGAUCCUCAGCGACGACGACGACGGCUACGUGCUCUCGUCGGGCACGCUCGCGCCGGGCGCGACGAAGUCCACGGACUGGGUCUGCUUCACGAACUACUGCUACACGGCCUACAUCGACGACGACUGCAGCGACGACGACGACGUCUACAUGAUCAUCGAGGACACGGCGGGCGAGAAGGUCGAGGUGCGGCCGGGGACGACGGAGGCGUUCUGCACGGACGAGUCCGAACUCUACGACGCGCCCACGGGCGCGCCGAGCGUGCCGCCGUCGAACCACCCCGUCGGCACGCCCUCGGCGACGCCGUCGAGCGCGCCGUCGGCCAUGCCCACGAGCGAGCCGACCUACGCGCCGACGUCCGCGCCGUCGGGCGCGCCGACGCUCGCGCCGAGCCCGCGGCCGACGCGGCGCCCGACGGACCUGCCGACGACGCUGCCCUCCGUGCCGCCGACGUCGACGCCCACGGCGGAGCCCGCCUCGGCGCCGACGCCGACGCCGUCGCUCAUGCCGAGCCCGCGGCCCACGCGGCGGCCCACGGAGCUUCCGACGUCCGCGCCGACGGUCAUGCCGUCGCCCCGGCCCUCGCGGCGGCCCACCGACAUGCCCACGUCGACGCCGUCGAUCAUGCCGUCGCCCCUGCCCACGCGGCGGCCGACGCACCUGCCGACGUCGCUGCCGACGAUCGCGCCGUCGCCGCGGCCCACGCGGAAGCCCACGAAGCUGCCCACGAGCUUCCCGACCGUCGCGCCCUCGGCCGCGCCCUCGGGCACGCCGACGCUCCUGCCGACGGCGCCGCCCUCGACGCCGCCGUCGGCCGCGCCCAGCUCCGCGCCCUCCUACGCGCCCUCGAGCGCGCCGUCCGCGCCGCCGUCCGCGCCGCCGACCUCGGAGCCGACGACGAUGCCGACGCCGCCGCCGUCGACGCCGCCGACGAGCGCGCCGAGCGCGACGCCGUCCUACGCGCCCAGCGUCAUCCCGACGGGCCUGCCGACGACGCUGCCCACGUCCAUGCCGUCCAUCGAGUGCUCGCCGGGCGAGCACCACUACCGCGCGGUGCUCUACGACUCCGCGUCGUCCGCGUGGGCCGACGGCUGCGACUUCUCCAUCACGAACCGCACGACGGGCGCCGUCGUCGCGUCGGGGUCCAUGACCGCCGACCAGGCGUCCCAGACCAUGUGGCUCUGCCUGUCGAACGGCCAGUACUCGCUGACCGUGACGGACGACUGCAAGCGGUCCAACGGCAUCUCCAUGGAGCUGUUGGGCGAGGACGACGAGAGUCUGCGCUGCGAGGAGGCGCCCUGCGACGAGGUCUUCGAGGCCGCCGACGGCCAGUUCGCCUACGCGCCGACGGUGCUGCCGACGCUGCCGCCGACGCGCGCGCCCACGGUGCACCCGUCCCUCUUCCCCACGUCGGCGCCGUCCGUGCCGCCCACGUCCAAGCCGACGCGGCGGCCGACGAAGCUCCCGACGUCCCUGCCGACGACGCCGCCGUCGCCCGAGCCCACGCGGCGGCCCACGAAGCUCCCGACGUCGGACCCGACGACGACGCCGACGCCGCCGCCGUCCCAGACGCCGUCGGCGGCGCCCACGGCGGCGCCGUCCUACCCGCCGACGAUGGCGCCGACGCUCCACCCGUCGACGGCGCCGACGUCGACGCCCUCCUACCCGCCCACGGCGCUGCCGUCCGCGAAGCCGACGACGGCGCCGACGCCGUACCCGAGCGGCCUGCCGUCGCUGCUGCCCACGACGGACCCGACGGGCGUCCCCCUAUCCACGCCGACGACCGUGCCGUCCACCGCGCCGUCGUCGCAGCCCACGGGCAUGCCGCUGUCGACGCCGACGAGCUGCCCGUCGACGGCGCCGACCGCCGCGCCGUCCGCGGCGCCGACGGGCGUGCCCGAGUCGAAGCCCACGCCCGCGCCGACGCCGACGCCGACGCCCGAGCCCACGGUCGUGCCCGGCGAGCCGUCCCGGUCGCCCGUCGUCGCGACGCCCGCGCCGACGCCCGCGCCGACGCCCGCGCCCGCCGUGAAGUGCACCGACGUCGCGCCGACGCAGAUGCCCCUGUCGUCGACGGCCUUUGGGGGCGCGCCGACCUACUGCCCGACGGUCACGCCCGGCGCGCCGACGUCGGCGCCCGUCGUCCUCCCCGGCGAGACGCGCAAGCCCACGUCCGAGGGGCACGGCAACCAGCCGGGACCGCCGCCGCCGCCGUACGACGAGGACCCGAACCCGACGCACCACCCGACGGCCGCGAAGACGCCCAAGCCCACGUCCGAGGGGCACGGCGCCGCGCCGGGGCCGCCGCCGCCGCCGCCGCCGGCGAGCGACGACGACGGCGCGUCCGCGGAGGUCGACGACGACGUCGGCGUCGCGCCCGAGGUCGGCUCGCCGCCGUCGGCGAUGCCGACCUUCGCGAAGACGAAGAAGCCGACCUCCGAGGGCCACGGCAACUAUCCGGGACCGCCGCCGCCGCCCCCGCCCGACGACGACGGCGCCGCGACGGCCGCGGCCGACGCGGACCCCACCGCGGCGCCGACGCGCGAGUCCAAGCGCAUGCCCGGUUUUGUGCAAGGCAAGAAGAAGGCGGGGCACUCCUAA